GCUUUCCUUUCAUAAAUCAAGCUCUGAAGAAAGCUCUGUAGGGAAAGCAGAUUGGAAAAAGAAGAAUAAGUAUUUUUGGCAGAAUUUCCGAAAGAAUCAGAAAGGAAUAAUGAGACAGACUUCAAAAGGAGAGGAUGUUGGUUAUGUGGCAAGUGAGAUCACAAUGAGUGAUGAGGAACGAAUCCAGCUGAUGAUGAUGGUGAAAGAGAAGAUGAUCACCAUUGAGGAAGCACUUGCUAGGCUGAAGGAAUAUGAGGCCCAGCACAGGCAGUCAGGCAUCAUAGACUCUACAGAUUGGCCUGACGGCUCGUACCCAACAUUUGAUGGGUCUUCCAAUUGUAAUUCAAGAGAACAAUCGGAUGAUGAAACAGAGGAGUCGGUGAAGUUUAAGAGGUUGCACAAGCUGGUUAACUCUACUCGCAGAGUCAGAAAGAAACUAAUUAGGGUGGAAGAAAUGAAAAAACCCAGCACAGAAGGUGUGGCCGAGCAUUCACUUGACAGCUCUCCUGUACUGGAUAACAGAUCGGCACUUUACUCUGGAGUUCACAAGAAGCAAUUCUACUUAGAUGGCUCUUCUGAAAAGCAGCCUGAGGAUGACUCUGACUCACUCACCACUUCUCCUUCAUCCAGCAGCCUAGAUACUUGGGGUGCUAAUAGGAAGCUGGUUAAGACCUUCAGCAAAACUGAUAGCCGUGGCCUUAUUAAGCCCCCCAAGAAGCUGGGGACAUUUUUUUCUUACCCAGAAGAGGAGAAGACCCAGAAGGUUUGCCGCUCUUUGACAGAGGGGGAGAUGAAGAAGGGCCUUGGCUCCCUGAGCCAUGGGAGAACCUGUAGCUUUGGAGGAUUUGACUUGACAAAUCGUUCCCUGCACGUUGGAAACAACAACAACUCUGACCAAACGGGCAAAGAAGGAGACUUCAUUUAUAAAGAAGUGAUCAAGUCACCCUCUGCCUCCCGUAUAUCUCUUGGCAAAAAGGUGAAGUCUGUAAAAGAAACCAUGAAGAAAAGGAUGUCUAAAAAAUAUAGCAGCUCUCUGUCAGAGCAGGACUCCAGCCCUGAUGUAAUGCCAGGUUCUCCGCAGUCACCACAGCCAGAGACUGAUUCUCUGGAUAAGCCCAAACUGAAAGCUGGUGGUUCAGUAGAAAGCCUGAGGAGCUCCUUAAGUGGUCAGAGCUCAAUGAGUGGUCAGACAGUGAGCACGACAGAUUCCUCAGCCAGCAACCGGGAGAGUGUCAAGUCUGAAGAUGGUGAUGAUGAAGAGCCUCCCUAUAGGGGACCUUUUUGUGGACGAGCCAGGGUUCACACUGAUUUUACACCCAGCCCUUAUGAUACUGACUCCCUGAAACUUAAGAAAGGUGAUAUCAUUGAUAUAAUCAGCAAACCUCCCAUGGGCACUUGGAUGGGCCUGUUGAACAACAAAGUGGGCACUUUCAAAUUUAUCUAUGUGGACGUGUUAAAUGAGGAGGAAGAGAAGCCAAAGCGGCCCACAAGGAGACGACGGAAAGGAAGACCACCUCAGCCCAAGUCUGUCGAGGAUCUCCUUGAUCGUAUUAAUUUAAAGGAGCACAUGCCCACUUUUCUAUUCAAUGGUUAUGAAGAUCUGGACACUUUCAAACUGCUGGAGGAGGAAGAUCUGGAUGAGCUGAAUAUCCGAGACCCUGAGCACAGAGCUGUUCUCCUCACAGCUGUGGAGCUUUUACAGGAAUAUGAUAGUAACAGCGACCAGUCGGGGUCUCAGGAGAAGCUUCUCAUAGAAGGCCAAGGACUGAGCAGAUGCUCCCCCCGGGAUUCUGGCUGCUAUGAAAGCACUGAAAACCUGGAGAAUGGCAAGACUCGGAGGACCUGUCUGUUGCCCACAAAGUCAGCCAGUGAGCACUGUUUUAACAGAAACCAACUGCCAAGUUAUCCAACUCUGCCUUUGACUAAAUCGGUAGAAGCUCUCCAGCAAGGAAAGAAGGAAAUCCGGUUGAGCUGCUUUCAUCAUGCUCCCAAGAGCUGCAUCAAGCCUUCAGGCAUCACAGGUUUGAAGAAGAACCGCAGAAGUUUACCAGCAGCUGUCUGCCGGAGCUGUGAGACUCUGGAUGGCACCCAGAAUGCGGCCAAGUGGCCAAGAUCUCAUUCACUGGAUGACCUCCAAGGAGAAUCCAGCACUGACCUACCGAACACUAGUAAGAAAGUAGAUUCUUUCCCUCAGGAUGCACUGGAGGUAGCAAAAAAGACAACUGGCUCCGUCCUGAAGCCUAAGGCUCCUGGGGGUGUCAUGAGGGCAGAAGAGAAUCUACCUAAGCAAAGUAAAGGAACUGCUGAUUCUCAGAAGGGAAAAACUAGGAAAUUGGACUGCUCAGUAACAGAGACUUCAUGUGGGACUCCUACUCAGUACCUGCUUAAACGCUGGGAGGCUCAGCCUACUUCAGUUACACACAACGUAACAAGGACACCUCUGGAAAAUCAUCAUAAAAGCAGUCAUGACCUUGAAAGGGCUGAUAACUCUCCAGUCCUCAAGGAAGGUCUGAAAGCUGAGCAAAAGGGCGUGAGCGAGGCAAGAAUUCAGUCAAAAAAUCCUUCACAGCCACCACCAGUCCCUGCCAAAAAAAGCCGAGAACGCCUUUCUAAUGGACUAUAUCAUCCCCCUCUGACCCUAAGUGGAGCCCUUUCAAGUCCAGAUGCACCAUGUUUGCCAGUAAAAAGGGCCAGUCCAUCCAGCCCCAUUGAUUGCCGUGUAGUACCUGCCUGUAGGCCCUCUUCUGAGCAGCCCAGUACUCCUCCAAGCACACUGCCUCCUUGGCUAGCUGAGCUUUCUGAGACUGCUAGCAUUCAGCAACAUGUGGUAAAGCUAGGCCCUGCUUUAGCCAGGAAAGUCUCUUGUACUAGAGGACUGGAUCUGGAAAUGUUGAUAGAAAACAAGUUGCAGUCUGAAGAGAUUGAUCUCACAGAGGAACCAUAUUCAGACAAGCAUGGUCGCUGUGGGAUUCCUGAAGCUUUGGUGCAGAGAUACUCUGAAGACCUAGAGCAGCCUGAAAAGGAUGUUGCUACAAACAUGGACCAAAUCCGGGUGAAGCAGUUGAGGAAGCAGCACCGCAUGGCAAUUCCGAGCGGAGGGCUCACUGAAAUCUGCCGAAAACCUGUAUCCCCUGGACAUAUCACAUCUAUAACUGACUGGCUGGUUUCUAUUGGCCUGCCUAUGUAUUCUAGCUCACUCACAGAAGCAGGAUUCACCACAUUGAGCAAAGUGCCUUCUCUGUCACAAACUUGCCUUCAAGAAGCUGGCAUCACAGAGGAGAGGCACAUAAACAAGCUCCUGGCAGCAGCAAGACUCUUCAAACCCCUCAGUCCAGAGGCAAUUUAACAUGCUCUGGAAUGUGGCACUGUCUGAGACCCCGCUGCUUCUUACUGCACCAGUUUUGCCCUAAUUUCUCCACACAGCAAAUGGGAUCAAGCAAGUGGAUCCCAGGGAUAGGCAAAUAAACGCCUCAGAGGAUCGUCCUUUUUUCUGCCUUUAGCAACUAAAGGAGAAAAGAAGCAACCGCCAGGUAACAGAAGUGUGGUACUUCCUUAAUCCUCAACAACAAAGUAUUUUUAGUUCUGAAAGUGCACAGGGCUAGCCUGUGGUUAGACAGCACCCCCGGUGACCAUUAAGCUAAAGGGGCCCUUGCACACUCUCCACAAGAUUGUGACAGCUACACCUGCUGUCAGCCCUGUUUCUGUUGCAAGGUCUCUAUGAAUAGAAGGCCCUCUGUAAUGCUGGGUCCCAGUUACCUAGAGUCAGCCCUGAAAGCCACGUACAAGCCAAGGUGCAGCUCACCAGCAAAAGCUGUUUAGCAAAUCAUCUUGGUUUUUUUGUUUGCUUGUUUUGUUGGUUUUAGCAAUCAAAUGCUAAAUACAUACCCUUUUUUGUCAUCCUCUCUGUUGCUUGGUAUAGUUCCUAUAGACCAUAGAGCCUUUAGCUAGGCCAGAAUAAUGGACUGGAAUUAGUUUACAAUAUUGACCAUUUCUGUUGUUCCAGUACAACUAACCUAACAGAGUCCAAAACUCCUUUUGUGUAUAGAAUUGGGGUCAUUUUUGUAACUGCUUUCUCGCAACCAGCUUUUUUUUAUUUGCCUUAAAAUCAGAUUGCCAGCAGUUAUCUAGUGUUCACUUAUCUGUAUCCAACCUUGCUUCAUUCUGUCGUCGUUCCAUGGCACUUAGGGUGAUUUUCAGUUAAAGUAACUUCUGUAAAUUGUCUCAUAACAUCUUCUGUUUGUAGAGGUGCUUUUGCAAAUGCAGAGUUUCCAUUGUCAGGCUAACUGUUCACAGCAGUCUGCAUUUGCUGCUGUUAUUAAAAUGUUCAAAGUUAUCUUGCCUUGUAUAUAUGUAACUGCUUUUCAUUUUAAUCAUAUUUUUAUGUACUGUUAUACUGUCAAUCAUUAUACUGCAGCUUUGACUUGGUAUCCUGACCAUAUCAAUUCAAAACAUUGUUUUUUUCAAAUGAAAGAUUGCCCUGGGGAAAUAAAAUGCACCGAAGAAGCAAA